CUACAGAUUGUUGAUUCAAAUGCCUUCGAGCCACGAGACUUCCUCCGUGUGAGAGGACCUCUGGAGCUCAAAUGUCUCCUGGACAGCUCCGAUGUGACACGAAUGCAAGAAGCCAUAUCAAGAACAUUUGAGAACCUACGCUCUCAUGUGAAGUCUGACUCCUGUGUCCUGAAAGUCCAGGACAGCCCAAUUAUUAUCUGGCCGAAUAAAAGUGUUCACGUGACGCCGAAAGAAAUAACUGCAAGCACAUUGUGUGAAGAGUUACAUAAAUGGAUACAGACAGAAGGGCAAGAGACAGGAGACAAAAAGUCAGCAAAGAAGAAGGGCAAAAAAAGCUCUUCAUCUAGAGUAAUCAGCCUUAACCUGAUGAUGGAAGUGACAACGUUAGGUCCCCUCCCUGCACCCAUCCUCUGCAGGACCAUCCAGAAGUCCCACUUCCUGUCUACAACACUUCCUUUAGACUGUGUCAUCUAUAUCCGCUCCACGGACACGAUCAAAGAUGCCUGUGACUGUCUGAUGGAGGCCCUUACACAACAGCUGCAUGAGAUGGAGCGAGAGAUGCUGUGCCACAUGAAGGGGAUGAUGAUGUUUGUCCCGGAGCCUUUUCACUUCCUGCUUCCAGAUCCCAAAGGACUGGUGACAGCUGUCUAUCCUGCGGGGGUGCCCGACAGCCAGCUAGAGGGCCAGCGUAAGAAGCUGCACGAGCGCUUUGAACUACCAGAGGACAGGCCCUAUUUUAGAAGAGCCAACGCUUAUCACUUCCCGAAUGAACCCUACAAAGACGGUUACCUCCGAAACCCUCACCUCGCCCUCACGCAUCCUACAUUGGACGACGGAAAGGUGUACUUGGUACAGGGGCUGUAUAGUUACCACCACUACAUGCAGGACCGUAUGGACGACAACGGCUGGGGCUGCGCUUAUCGCUCCCUGCAGACAAUCUGCUCUUGGUUCCAACAGCAGGGUUAUGUGGAGAGGGCCGUUCCCACACACAAGGAGAUUCAGCAGGCAUUAGUGGAUGUUGGGGACAAACAAGCGUCAUUUGUGGGGUCCCGUCAGUGGAUUGGCUCUUUCGAGGUUCACGCAGUCCUCAACCAACUCCUUGAGGUCACGUCUAAGAUCUUGUUUGUGAGUCAGGGCUCAGAGAUGGCAUCCAAAGGCAGAGAACUGGCCAACCACUUCCUGUAUGAAGGGACACCUGUGAUGAUUGGUGGCGGCGUUUUAGCUCACACCAUCCUGGGCGUCGCUUGGAGCGAGACCACUGGGCAGAUUCGCUUCCUCAUCCUGGACCCGCAUUACACAGGCUCGGAGGACUUGCAGGUCAUCACAGAGAAGGGUUGGUGCGGCUGGAAAGGACCUGAGUUUUGGGAUCAAACUGCAUAUUAUAAUAUGUGUCUUCCCCAGAGGCCAAAAGUAAUUUGA